AAAUAAACCUGGUACCUGCCGUCCUUAAAAGAAUUAGGGUUCUGGCAACUUGCUCUAACAACAUCCAGAAAUCAAUUAAUCGCUCAUGGCGGCUGAGAAUCCCAAUUGCACGGUUUACGUCGGCAAUCUAGAUGAGAGGGUAAGUGAUAGGGUACUGUAUGACAUCCUGAUUCAAGCUGGUCGGGUGGUGGGCUUGUACAUUCCUCGGGAUAAAGAAACUGAGAAGCCGAAAGGUUUUGCAUUUGCACAAUAUGAAACAGAAGAGGUAGCAGACUAUGCUGUCAAGCUUUUUUCUGGCCUUGUAACCCUUUACAAAAGAACAUUGAAAUUUGCGAUUUCUGGGCAAGACAAGCCCUCAAUGAACUUGCCUACGGUAAGUUCCUCUCACAAACCGAGGCCUCACCCUGUAGCGUAUAACGAAACGGGCGUUUCUCCAGAUUCCAUGAGGUUAUCAACAUCAUGCAGGUUUCAAGAUCACCAAGUAAACUAUUCACAAGUGCGUGUCACUCCUGGUGUGUCUGUAAACCAGCCAAAUGGGUAUAGAUCCAAUUAUGACAACAAUGAUUAUGAGCAUUCUAAUGGAUAUAGAUCACAUUAUAACAGCAACAAUUAUGAUUACAGUCGAAGAGUGUUUGGGGCAGCAUUGGAUAAUAUUAAUCGCUCUAGGUUGGGCCGAUAUGAUACACGUGAUUCUACCAGUUAUUAUGCCACGUAUUGAUUUAUAAGAUAGGUGGAUACCAACUAUAACUUUUCAGGUAUGAAGCAAUGUUGCAGCUAUGAUAAUUCGGGUAGCAAAGUAGAAGGUUGUAUAUGUAUAGCUCAUGUUUAUGAUUUUAGCAUUUGUGUGUAUCUGCAUCUAUGGUGUUUGUGUUUUACCUUUGCACUUGUGAAACCUGAAUUUCUUGGAACUUUAUGUUGUUGUAGCAACGAGGUCAUUUCUAUGUUUGUACUUUGAAAUUGGAGAUCCUAGUAGUGAUAAUCAGUUGUAAUCAUUCAAUGGAUGACUUAUUCUCUUCUGUUUUA